GUAGUUGUUAGAUUGUCUUUGUAUUUGCUAAUCUUUUGUCAAAUAAAAUUUGUGAUAAAUUAUGUUUUAGUGUGCUUCAUUUCAAGUUAUUUUUCCUCCUUCCCUUUGAAGAUACUGCCUUUCUCAAACUAUGUCAUAUAUUCUCUUCUCUAUGUCGCCCCACAAUUGUGUCUAUUUUGCUUGAAAGGACACCGUUACUCUAUUAUCUUAUCUCUUAGUAUCAGAAAUCAAUGUAGUAACCUCUCGAAAACUGACUAAAAUGUUCAAGUUCUUGCAUUUAUGCUAAGUUGCAUAGAUUCUUCACUUUCAAUGCCGCACCCGUGUUGGAAUCUCCAAAAAUACACUAAUUUUAUUCUUCACUUUUGAUGCCGCAUCCGUGUCGGAUUCUCCAAAAAUACUUUAUUUUUUUUGUAGAAUCCAACACGCACCCGUUGACAUUUUUGAAGAGUCCGAGCAACAUAGGUUUUAUGUAACUUUUGGACCCAUUUCUACUUAACUACUUUAAAAUGUCAGGUGUUACUUAAUAGUUGUUCUCAAGUCAAAGCAGAGACUUGAAUAGAUGAAGGUAGAAUCUACUGUCUUGUGAUUAUUAGUUUUACAUGUGUACCAGAAAACAAAUCACUUACUGAUUCUUACUUAUCAAAUGAAAAUUAUAUGGCGAUUCUUGCUGCUGCUUCUUGUUAUUUUUUUCUCUUCUCCUUUAUUUUUGCUGACUUUCCCUUCCUUUUCUUUCUUAUAUACAUUGAGUUCAUCAACUUAUCCCGAGGAUUCAUAUAGCUAGACGCCAACUAGCUUAGGAAUAUGAGGGUUUUAAUUGGCGGAUUGGCCGACACUUGGCCUGCAAGGACUACAUGGACAACGGAGGAGCUUUUAAAAAAUUAUGGAGAUACAGCAUUUAAAUUAUCUCAAAGAAGUCGUCACAAAAUUAGGAUGAAACUGAAGGACUAUGUGGCAUAUAUGAAAGUUCAGCAUGACGAGGAUCCUCUUUACAUUUUUGACGAGAAGUUUGGGGAAGCUGCACCAGAGUUGUUGAAGGAGUACACUGUUCCAAAUAUGUUCAAAGAGGACUUCUUUGAUGUGCUGGACAUGGACCAGCGACCUUCCUUCAGAUGGCUCAUUAUGGGACCAGAGAGGUCUGGUGCCUCUUGGCAUGUUGAUCCAUCCCUAACUAGUGCUUGGAAUACACUUCUAUAUGGCCGUAAAAGGUGGGCAUUAUAUCCCCCUGGAAGAGUACCUUUAGGAGUAACAGUGCAUGUAAAUGAAGAAGAUGGUGAUGUCAAUAUUGACAGUCCAUCAUCUUUGCAGUGGUGGCUGGACUUCUACCCUCUUCUUGCUGAGGAAGACAAACCAAUAGAGUGCACUCAACUGCCUGGGGAGACAAUAUUUGUUCCAAGUGGAUGGUGGCAUUGCGUGCUAAAUUUAGAGACAACUGUUGCUGUGACACAGAAUUUUGUGAACUCCAAGAACUUUGAAUUUGUGUGUCUGGAUAUGGCUCCUGGUUAUAGACAUAAAGGAGUAGUCCGUGCUGGGCUUCUUGCUUUAGAUGACAGCAGCAUUGAGGAUGUCAGGAAAAAUAUGUUGUCCUUAGAAAGUGGUUUGAGCUACUCUGACCUGUCAAGGAAAGAUAAGAGGAUUAGAGUUGACCAGCCUAGAAGUUCAGAAGAUGGAAGUACUAUAGAUUGGGUCUCUAAAGGCAUAGAUUCGACAGAGGUGGAAUUUUCUUAUGACAUAAAUUUCCUAGCUAUGUUUUUGGAUAAAGAGCAAGAUCACUACACUUCGUUAUGGAGCUCAAGCAACUCCAUAGGGCAGCGGGAAAUGAGAGAGUGGUUAGCAAAGCUCUGGGUUGAAAAACCAGAGACUAGAGACCUUAUAUGGAAGGGAGCCUGUCUGGCGCUGAAUGCUGAUAGAUGGUAUGCACAUGCGACAGAAAUUUGUACCUUCCAUGGGUUGCCGUUGCCUACAGAUGAUGAGAGGCUUCCUGUUGGAACAGGCAGCAAUCCGGUUUAUCUAGUUGGGGACAAUGUUAUAAAAAUACUUGUUGAAGAGGGAUUAGAAGUUUGUCUUCAUUCUUUGGGCACUGAGCUCGAGUUUUACAGUUCACUCCAGAAAAUGAACUCCCCUUUGAGGAAUCACAUUCCUAAUGUUUUAUCCAGUGGGAUUCUCUAUAUUGAAAAUGGCUUGUGUAAGGUUCAGUGUUGGGAUGGCAAAGGAAUUCCAGAGGUAAUUGCUAAUUUUAGACCCAUUGUGGAACAUGGGGAAGCUGAUUAUCCAUUUGGCUUAUGGAGUAAAAGGCAGCUUGAUUAUACAAAAGCCGGGAUGUCAUUAGCCGAACUAGUAAGCACUGGCAGUGGCACAACAAUAUGGCCAUAUGUCAUAACACAGAGAUGCAAAGGGAAAAUAUAUGCUCAAAUAAGAGAUUCCAUCUCAUGGGAAGACACUCUAAAUUUGGCCUCAUUCCUGGGAGAACAAAUGCGCAACCUUCAUCUUGUGCCGUGCCCAGCUUUGAAUGAUUUAACGUUAUUGGAAACCCAGCAGAAAGCAGUACCCACUGCUAAUGGGAAUCUCGAGGAUGACGAGGACAAGAUUUGUGUCCCUGCAGAGUGGAAUUUAUUCCUGAAAACUCUGAACAGAAAAAAGAAGGAUGUUUGUGACCGCUUGACCAAAUGGGGCGAUCCAAUUCCUAGAGAGCUGAUUGAGAAAGUCGAGGAAUACAUCCCUGAUGACCUCCAAAAGGUUGACAUGGGAGUCAGAUCUUGCACCUGGAUACACUCCGAUGUGAUGGAUGACAAUAUCCACAUGGAACCGUGUUCCCUCCCUUCUCGCUCUGGAAGGACUACUGAUGAUCCCGAGUCAAUUGACAAUGUUUCUGCAAAUGGAUCUAAUUUGAGUGAGCCUAUACGUGCAUGGAGACCUACUCAUAUACUCGAUUUCAGUGGUCUAUCUGUUGGGGACCCGAUUGCUGACUUAAUCCCAAUACACCUGGAUAUCUUUAGAGGAGAUCCGCAUUUACUGAAGCAGUUUCUGGAUAGCUAUCAACUUCCAUUUAUUAAAACAGGGGUGAAUGCAUCAGCUAAAAGCAAUGGAUUUCAGAGACUUUCUUACCGAGCCAUGUGCUACUGUAUUUUGCAUGACGAAAACGUUCUGGGAGCUAUUUUCAGUACUUGGAAGAAACUAAAGAUGGCUAAAUCAUGGGAAGAAGUCGAGGAAGCUGUAUGGGGAGAUCUUAAUAGUUACACAGGCUCCUGUUGAACUUUCUUUUGUUCUUUUUAAUUUGUCUCUCAGUUUUAUUGAUGAAUAUUGAGCAAGUCCAAUCGCGUGUACAAUAACAUUUGUUUGAGGUAAUUUAUUGAUAUUUUCCCCUUUUUCCUA